AACAAACCAUGUCUUUGGAAGCGGUCCCCACCAGUCUCCGAGAGAGACAGAUUGCGAACCUCAAGCGCAUGCUCCACUUGAACGUGAGGUCCGACAUCGACCUGGUGUCGUCUACCAAUGAGGAGGAGCUUGUUUGGAAGGUUCUGGUGCUGGACCAGAGGUCGACGGCAAUUGUCUCGUCGGUGCUGAGAGUCAACGAUUUGCUGGAGUACGGCAUUACGAUGCACUCACUAAUUACACAGAAGCGGGUGGCGUUGCCCGACGUGCCGGUGAUCUACUUUGUGGAGCCGACUGCCGAGAAUAUUGCCCGAAUCAUUAGCGAUCUCGAAAAUGAGCACUAUGCAGAUUACUACGUCAAUUUCACCUCCAGUCUGAGCCGGUCGCUGCUGGAAGAGUUUGCAAAAAAGGUGGCCUUGAGCGGAAAAGCUGGCAGAAUCAAACAGGUGUUCGACCAGUACCUGGACUUUGUGGUCACCGAGCCAAAUCUGUUUUCGCUGGAUUUGCCCAACGUGUACUCCCAAUUCAACAACCCAAAGACAACUGAGUCCGACAUUACCUCCAUAGCGGACAGAAUUGCUAACGGGCUGUUUGCGGCCGUUCUGACAAUGGGCUCGGUGCCUAUCAUCAGAUCCAAUAGAGGCGGCCCCGCAGAGCUUGUUGCGCAGCGACUGGACCAGAAACUGCGAGACCACGUGAUAAACACCCGCCAAGGCGCGUCCACCUCGUUGCAGCACUCCACCGCAGAUAGAAUGGUGCUGGUUCUGUUGGACAGAAACAUAGACCUGGCCUCCAUGUUUGCGCACUCCUGGAUUUACCAGUGCAUGGUAAGCGACGUGUUCAAGCUAGACAGGAACACUAUUGAAAUUAGAAGAACUCUUGCCGGAGAUAAGACCGAGAUCAAGCGCUUGGACAUCGAUCCAAAGGAUUUCUUCUGGAACGAGAACGCCUCGCUUCCGUUCCCUGAUGCCGUCGAGAACGUCGAAAGCGAGCUCUCUAAAUACACCAAGGAGGCCCGCGAGAUCACAGCCAAGACAGGGUACUCGUCCAUUAAGGAGAUCGACCCGUCUGACCAGAGAGACACUCUGCACAUUCAAGAAGCGAUCAAGGCGCUUCCGGAGCUGACACAGCGCAAAAAUAUCAUUGAUAUGCAUAUGACAGUGCUCACCGAACUGAUCAAGGAGCUCGAUUCGAAGAAUCUGGAUGCCUUCUUCGAGGUUGAGCAGAACGUGGGCAAUCCAGCCACGCAAAAACGGUUCCUGGAGCUUCUCAAAGCACAGACGAAAAGUGACAAUCAUGAGGACAAGCUGCGAACCUACAUCAUGCUCACCUUGACUUCAGACCUUCCCAAAUCGUUCUGUGACGAAUGUGAGAAGGCAUUGACUGAACUACAUUGUGACCUAACUCCUCUCAAGUACAUCAAGCAGGUCAAGGAGCUUACAAAGCUGUCAUCGAUGAACCUCAGUGAGGCUUAUCUGAACACGGAUUCCUCGGCAAGCAGCGGUAAUAAAGGCGCCCUGUUUAGUAAUUUGUCGUCUAAACUAAUGGGUUUGACAGAAGGAUCGUCCAAGCUGAGCGAGGGAUUUGGAAGCCUGAUUUCGGGACUCAAAAAUCUGCUACCAGAAAAGAAAAAUCUUCCGGUGACCAACAUAGUCGAAUCCAUCAUGAACCCGGUCAAUGCGAACCAGGAAUCACUUAAAAUGACCGACGACUAUCUGUAUUUUGACCCUAAUCUCACCAGAGGCUCGCACUCAAAGCCUCCAAAAAGAUCUAGCUACAACGAGGCCAUGGUGUUCAUUGUUGGCGGUUGCAACUACCUUGAAUAUUCCAACUUGCAAGACUGGUGCAACCGCGUGAAUGAAACCGCAGGGGUCUCCGGGGCACCACAGAAACUGGUGUGCUACGGGUCUACAGAAAUCGUCACGGCAGAAAAGUUCUUGAAAGAGUGCUCAGAGCUGGGCAAGCAGCUCUAACCCUAUAGAUAUCCCUUGGAGUCCUCCAAGACUUUAGUGCUGCGUCUAGCGUCCAAAAAUAGCACCUGGCACUCUUCAAUCUCGUCAACGGUGAUCUCGUUGCGGCCAUUCACCUUGGCAAGAAUUCCUGCUGGAGAAAGAAGCUGCAGCACGUAUCUUAGCGAGGUGGACAUGGCAAUCUGUGCAAGUUUGUCCAGGGCCUGAGGCGUCAGCAGGAGAGACUCAAUUUUAGCACGCUUCAUCACAAUAGUUCUGAUCUCCUCGAGGUUGUAUGGCAAAGUCUUGACAAUGAGCAGUCUGUCAAUCAGGUCGGCAGGCAGACCAUGUGGUGAUUUAUAAUCUUCUGUACCUCUAACAGUGGUCAUUCCCUUGUUCGAAGCCAGAAUCACAAUUGGAGCAAUAGAAGACUCCAAAGCUCUGUUUAAAAACGUAAAGCACUCAAUGUCCAACAUGUUGACCUCAUCAAUAAAUAGCACACCAGGAACCAGCUCGGCAACUCCCUGGUCGAUGUACUUCGAAACAACCUUGUUGACUUCUGUCCUCAGCUUCUCUGUGAUUUCUGUCUUGCGUGGUUUGAGCAGUUGGCCCAUCAUGGACAGAAUGUCCUGUCCUCCCUGUGGUCUAGCGUUGGCAAUAUCCAGAUCGUGCAAAGUCACGUCCUGAACGAUCUCCUUCUUCUUGUGAACAUCUCCCUUCGGAAGAGGCACGUACUCCUCGGCCUCCAGGUCGAACUCAGUGGCGUACGCGUCCGAUCUGCCCACUCUUUUCACCGAUCCCGUGUUUGCCUCGAUGUAAAUCACGUCUCCGAUGCUUACGCGCUCUUUUUGGAUCGACUCGUAGAUGGAUGGGUCCAGCUUCAACGACUUGGUUCCCUUGGACGUUUUCAGCCCCACAAUCACGUGGUUGAUGGUCUUCCCGUAGCCUCCCAAUGGGUUCUCGGCCUCCUCUGGAGUCAGAUCAAUCACUUCUCCCUCGUACACUUCCUUGGUCUCUUUGAUUCUCAGUCCGAUGGCCUUUCUGAAAUUUUCCAUCAGCGCCUCUGUUUUCUUCACCUCUGCGGAGAACAACUCUGAACCAACAAUAGGACAGAAUGGCACCUUCGGACCCAGUUCUUGAGAAAUGGCCAAUGCCAGCGCAGUCUUUCCCGUUCCCGGGCCGCCAGCAAGCAGAAUCGCCUUUCCGCUCAUCUUCUUCGACUUGAUCAUGUCCACAAUGAUGCCGCACGCCUCUCUGGCCUCGCUCUGUCCAACAAACCCUCCGUCGAUCUUCUUUGCCGCUCCGUAUUCGUCGAGCCCAAGACCCUUGAUGUGUGUGUGUGUGGCAGUUCUAUGCUCUCUGCCGUGGCCUCCUUCCUUCACCUCGUUGAUUUCCACCAUUUUCAAUUGACUAAGA